UGUUCAAAGAGAUAUUUUUCUCAUACAAAAAGUGAAUCAUUUGCAUUUCUCCUUAAAACAUCCUAUAGUUUCGUUUAAAUUAUUUUCCAUUAAUUUUUGUAAAUUGCCACUAGAAUAAUCUCGAUUUAAAUAGGAUAAGGAGAAGCCAUCAGUAUAAUCGAAUGCCACUCCCCUAAUCCCUGUCAAAGGCUUAUCAUCAAUUCAUUUUUUUAGUACAAUAAAAAGAUAAAAGAUAAAUUACAACUUUCAUCAUGUGGAAAGCUUCUGCGGGUCAUCAAAUUCAAAACGAACAAAGCAACGACAAUGACGACGACUGGGAGACCGAUCCGGAUUUUGUAAACGAUGUCACCGAACAAGAGCAACGGUGGGGCUCAAAGACCAUUGAAGGCAGUGGUCGAACUGCUGGAUCAAUAAACAUGCAACAGUUACGUGAAGAAACAGAAAAAUCCGAUCAAGAUAGAAAGAAAAAAGAAUUGGAGGAAUUGAAUCCUGGCUACGGCUAUGGUGGUAAAUUUGGGGUACAGACUGAUCGAAUGGACAAAUCAGCUAUGGGGCAUGAUUACGUGGGCAAAGUUGAAAAGCAUGCCUCACAGAAGGACUAUAGCGACGGUUUUGGAGGAAAAUUUGGAGUGCAAUCUGAUCGUGUGGAUAAAUCAGCAGUGAAUUGGGAUUACAAUGAGAAAACUGAAAAGCAUAGUUCCCAAAAAGACUAUGCUACAGGAUUUGGUGGUAAAUUUGGCGUACAAUCAGAUCGUGUGGAUAAGUCGGCUUUGGGGUGGGACCAUGUUGAGAAAGUGGAAAAACAUGAGUCACAAAAAGAUUAUUCUAAGGGCUUCGGAGGAAAAUUUGGUGUUCAAGAAGAUCGUAAAGAUAAAUCAGCUGUUGGUUGGGAUCAUAUAGAAAAACCUCAAAAACAUGAAAGCCAACUAGAUCACAAAGUUGGAUUUGGUGGAAAAUUUGGAGUUCAAAAAGAUCGUAUGGACAAAUCUGCGCUUGGAUUUGAUGAUGACAAAAAUAGCAAAAUAGGAACAUCCUAUACAAAAGUUAAGCCCAAUAUUGAGGGAGCAAAACCAUCGAAUCUUCGAGCUAAAUUCGAAAAUCUCGCCAAAAACUCCGAAGAAGAAACUCGAAAAAGAUCAGACGAGCAGAAAAAGAUACGCGAAGAAAAAGAUAGAAGAGAUCGUGAAGAAGCUUCGAAACAAACAGUUGUUGAGAAUACACCACGACAAGCAUCCGAGGAAGCCCGGCCAAUAGUUCGAUCGACUUCCAUAACGACGGGGCGCACUGGUGGUAUUGGAAGUGCAAUAAACGCAUUCAACAAAAUGCAGUCGCCAACAGAUGAAAAACCAGCUCCACGAAAGGAACCUAUUGUCAUACCGCGAGGCGCACCAGAGCCAGUAACUGUACAGCCAGACCUGAUUCCUGCUGUUGAAGUGCAAAAAGAAGUCGAACGAGUAAAAGAAGUUGAACGAGUAGAAGAAAUUGUUCCUGAUACAAUUCCAGCUAAAGCUCCACUUGCCCAACAGAAUAUCGAAGCUGUUCAAGAAGAAAUAAAACUGUCAACCGAGAAGGUCGAGAAAGCUCAGCCAAUAAACGAACCCAUCUAUCAAAAUAAAGAAGAAGCACAAUUGAGGGAGUCACUUCAAGCCCAGAACGUUGAGUCAAUAUAUGCCAAUACCGAAAACCUUGACUACAUCGAAGAUACAGGAAUUAAGGCAACUGCUCUCUAUGACUACCAAGCAGCUGACGAUGAUGAGAUAUCCUUUGAUCCCGACGAUAUUAUUACACAUAUUGAGAUGAUUGACGAAGGAUGGUGGCGUGGUAUGUGCAAGAACCGACACGGCUUGUUUCCUGCUAACUAUGUGCAAUUAAUUGAACAACAAGAGACAUAGACUAGUUGUUAAAUUAUACAUUUACAUAUACUUCCAUCAAACAGAGAUAACAAUUAUUAACUUCUAGACAAAAACAAAUUAAAGACUUCGUUAAAAUUUAUAUAAGAUAACAGUAUUUUGUGCUCUGGAAACGUUAAGACAAAGAGAGCUUUAAAAGUGAUAACAUUUUAUUUAAACUUUUUUUUUACAUUUUUGUUUAUGUAACUUUUUUUUUACUUUGUGUCCUUUUAUAUAAAACAAAAACAUUCUAGUUUAUACAAUUUUUAUUCUACGUAAAUGCAUGUAAGUUGACAUUUUUUUAUUUCUUAAAAAUUUCCAAUGUUUCAAAAAUAUUAGUUGUAUUUCUUUGUAAUAAAUUUAAAUAUACGGUGUUAUUAACUACUUACAAAAGUA